AUGCGUUAUUCAAUAAUCUCUCUUUUAGUUAGUCGAUUUCGUUGUCCAAAAGGAUGGAAACAUGUAGGUGGUUCAUGUUAUUAUCUUUCAAAUUUAGCAUCGACAUCUACUACUGCUAAUAAUACAUGUAAUCAUUUUCAUUCUAAUUUUUCCAAUCUUAUACAAAUACAAAAUAUUGUUGAACUAUUCUAUGUUGCUCAUGUUUUAAAAAGAAAUAAUUUAUUAUCAUUAAUGUUUUCUAUUGAUCCAAAAUUACUUAAAAAAAAAAAUUUCAUAGAAAUAUUAAAUAAUGAUCAUGAUCAAUGGAAACAAAUGAAACAAAAAUUUCAUACAAUACAUAUGAAAUAUCUAAAUUUAACAGCAAGAAUCAUCAAUCGAUUAAAUUCAAUUGAUUUACAUAUAAUGAGACGCUCGAAAAAAGUAAAACAAUACAAAUCAAAUGAGACAACAACAAAUGUUAGUUUAAUUGUUAAUAAUGAUAAUGAUGAAUAUGAAUAUGAUGAUCUUGAUUCAUCAGAUGAAAAUGAUGAAUUUCAAAAAAUCGAAGAUAUUCAUAAUGUUUGUAAUCAUAUUGAUUCAAAUGUUUUGAAUGAUAAUUCAACUGUUUAUAUUCUAACAACAUAUAUUUUAUCAAAUAAAACUGUUUGUUUAUUAAGUGAUGUUGAACUUAAUAUUAAAUAUCAUCAUAUAUGUGAAUAUGUACUUGAUUUUUGUUUUGCAAAUAUUAUUUGUGGUAAACAUGGACAUUGUGUUAAUACACUGUCAGGUUUCAAAUGUUCCUGUUCAUUUUUAUAUGGUGGUCUUCUUUGUGAUAAAAUUUCACAACAAGGUCAACAAAUUCUUAUUAGUGUUGGAAUUAUUAUAAUUCUUUAUGGAAUAUCAUUCAUACCGAUUCAACGCUUAUUAAGACGUUCUAACAAACACAGAGAAUCACUGGAACGAAAGGAUGAUAAUAAAAAUCAAGCAAGAAAUCAACACUAUGAACGAAAUUCAAAAUCAACAAUGAUUUCUAUUCGAAAUAUAUGGGUUACUCUUUUAAGUAUAUUCAUUUUAUCAAGCUUAUUAAUUUUGAUAACAUUAAGAUAUUAUAAAUUAUUUAAAAUUGAUAAAAUUAAUGAUGAAAAUUUAGAAACUUCAAUGAAUGAUACUAUACAUUUAAUACGACAAUGUGAAAAGAUAUCAGAUUAUCGAAAAGAAAAUAUAAUAUUCUUUCCUUUUGCAUUAACUUUAAUAUUUACUUUUUCUUGGUCAAUUAAACGAGAAAAAAAAUGUUUACAUACAUGUGAUGGUCGACCUGGUUUAUUACCACCAAUUAUACCAUUUGGUACAAGAAAUCGUUUUAUAACAGCAGCUGUUUUUGGAAUUAUUGUUUAUGCUGUAUUAAAAAUAUUUGAAGAACUACUUUUUGGUUUACAUCAAACAUUAAAUCAUGGUGUACUCAUUGAAUUAUUUAUAAGAAUACUAACUAGCAUUAUUCUUGGACUUCGAUAUUAUCCAGUGGUUGCUUCUCUACAAUUACGACAUAUUAUUGUUCGUUUUCUUACUUUUAUAUAUGUACUCUGUGAUAUUGUAUAUACAAUUGUACGAGAAGGUUCAUGUAUGGGUUUUCUACCAUUAUCAGGACAAUAUACAGUUUUAGAAGAAACAAAACUUCGGGUGGAACUUGGUUCAUGGUUUAUUAUAUAUGGUUUAAUAAAGAAUAUUCCACAUUUCUUUUUUCUUGCAUAUAUUAGUGCAGAAUUAUGUAUGCGUUUUGUAUAUGAUUCAAUAUAUGUAUCAUUAAAAACAAAGCAAAGUAUUUGGUUAGUGUCUAAUGUAGAAUUUAAUGAAUUAGAAUAUUCAAAAUAUUAUGUUACAAAAUUAUUACGACGUAAUCGUUCUUUAUCUCAAAUAAUUACUCAACAAAAUGUAACUAAUCAAUCACAUCUACGAAAAAUUUUUAAUUUCUUUGUUUAUUGGGAUGAUAGUUUUCGUUUUACAACAAUAGCAACAUGUACCUAUACAGUAGCUUUUACAUUUCUCUAUUAUUUAGCAUGUACAUUUGUUUUUCUCUAUACUUCACGAUCAAUAGGACAUAUUUCAUUUAUAAGAUCUUAUAUUGAAUAUUCAGCAAAUGUUGAAAUAAAUGAAAAAUUUUCUUUAAAACGUGAAAUAAUAUUAAGUGCUAUUUUCACGGCAAUUCUAUACGGAUAUCAAUUAUGUAUUGGAAUGCAAAAAUAUAAAAAACAUAAAUUACAAUUAAAUAAAGGUAUUUAUUCUGAAAUUCCAUCCGAAAAGAAGUUCAAACUGAGUUCAAUAGCAUCAAAUUCUGUACAUUAUUCUGGUUUUCUUGUUGGAUAUAUGGCAUGGGGUUUUGUUAUUUGUUUUCAUUUAAUACUUUUAAUUUUAAUUGGAAUACGAAUUCUUACAUUUCAAAUUCGUUAUAUUGAAUUAGUACUUGCUAUUAUUGUACCUAUUCUUGUUAUUUAUUUAUUAAAAAUGCUUAGUAUGAGAUCAGCAGGAAAAUUUUUAUUUAUACAAAAUUUAGAUAAUAAACGAAAAUUAGAAUGUGGAAAAAUUUAUGCAAUAUUUCUUUAUUUUAGUUUUUUUGCUGAUUGUUUUCUUGGUAUUGCUUCAUGUAUUAUUCGAUUGAUUAAAGCAACAUUUCUUAAUAUUGUAUAUAUGGCUCGACUUGAUUAUAGUUUUUUUGGACGACCAUUGGAAAAAUUCGAUGUUGGCUUUGCUGCUUAUACUUCAUAUUUACAUGUCGAAAAACAAUAUACACAUCCAGUCAUGCUCGCUUUUUGUGAUUUACUUUUGGAUAUGACUUAUAGACAAACAAGAAAGUAUUGUAAUCAAGAAUAUUCAAGAACUCGAAAUGAUUUUAAUGUUGAGAAUAGAUUUAAAAAACAAAGAGAAAAUCCAUUGACACAGAAAAAGAAAACAUCUUCCUUACAGACAAACAGACUAACAAAUAAAAAUCAUGAAUCAAUACAAUUUACUAAUGAUAAAACAUAUAAUUUCAACUCAACAAAUACGUCAUUAUCCAUACAUGAUAGUAAUUCAUCAUCCUACUUGAUACAUGAGAUGAACGAGACAAAAGUUAAAUAUAAUUCAACUGAUAACAAAUCGCGUCUUUCAAUAGCAAAAAACAUGCCCAAAACAAAAUUACAAAAUUUAUCUACAACAUCUGUUAGUUCAAAAUUUACUAUUUCUAAUAAUGAAAUUAAAAUAGAUAAAAAUAAUAAUUCUUCAACACAACUAAUUUCAUCUACUCUUCAACAACAACAACAAUCACUUUCACAAUUAUCAAAAAUAAAUAUAAACAAUCGAAUAAAUGAAAAUAAAGACAAUGAUCUAUCUAAACAAACUGAAAAGAAUAAACAAGAAUUGAAAACAAAAAAUAAUGAUACAUCAAAACAACAAUCUAAUAAAGACAAUCAAAUAAUAAAAAAAGUUUCAUCAUUCGAUACUACACAAUCAUCUAAAUAUCAACAAGAUGUAACUUCAACAUCAUAUGAUAUCAUUAAUGAAAUGAUACCAAAAAUAUCUGAUACUAUUGAAAAUACAAAAACUAAGAAAUCUACAAAGAUACAUCCUCAAGAUACAAUUCUAAUAGAAGAAAAAGUUUCUAUUAGUCAAACAACAACAACUAUCAAUCCUUUAUUAUCAAAUCUUCAAAAUUUAUAUAAAAAUAAUUUAUAUUCUUUACAAACAAUGUCAUAUAAUGAGACUCAACAUAAUUCGCAAAUAGAUAUUUUAGAACAAUCGAAUGAUUCAUCUUUAUUAUACUAUGAAAACGAUAUAAAUAAUGAUGAUAUUGAUUUAACAAAUAAUAGAAUUCAAACAGGAAUUUUUAAUCGUAUUUAUUCAAUAAUUGAAUCAAUUCCAUUAUUAUCCAAUCAUUCAAAUACACAACUAUCAGAACAAAUAUUAACAAAACAAAAUAAUGCUAAUAAAAAUAUUACAAUUGAAAAUAAGAAAGAAAAGAAAAGAAAAAUAGCACGUAAUCGAUGGUAUCUUGCUUAUACAAUUAUUUAUAAUUCUCAUUUAUUCAAUCUAAGAAAAUGUCUAAUAAAAAAACGUGAACAUAUAAUAUGUUCAUAA